UUAUAUAUUACUAUAUUUUAUACUACAACCACCUUAUAUGACCCUGAUAGCCUAUGUAUUAGCCUUUGGCAGCGCUGCAGUACCUUAUUCUUUGGACCACUACUGAUCAUGCACGAUCUAUUGCCAGUCUCUAACACGAGGAUGCCAGGGAUUGCGAUAAGUCCAGCCACCUGUCUAUACCUAUAAGGAUCACUCCGGCCGGAUGCAUAUCCGUGCCAACCUGCACUUUACCGAGAUUACUCACCGCAUCAGGACAACUUACCCGCACAGAGGCCGGACGCCACUCUGUGCCAGCGCCGACUACUACUCUCACCACUGAGACUGCCACUCUUGAGGACGCCGGCUGCAUACAUAAUGAGUAAGAGGAAACAUAUCCCGGACUGCAGAUGUCCAGGAUGUUAGUUCCUGAAUUUUCCUUAUAGUCUCUUUUGCAAGACAAUGGUCCACUCCCUGCAUGGUCCAGCAAGCAUGGACAAGGACAGACACAACAUAAGGGAGAGCCUCCUUCACAUCAGCCUGGAUAUUAUCAGCUUGUUGACAGGACAGGAUUACACAUUAGUAAAGAAGACAUCUAGUGAGAGUGUGAUUCCUGGGAACCACUCCGGUCCCCCACCUAAGUCCCAGAUAUAUGAGAGAGACAAUGAGCAGAAGAUCCUAGAUCUCACUAACAAGAUCAUUGAGCUUCUGACUGGUGAGGUUCCCAUAAGGUGUCAGGAUGUCUCUAUCCAUUUAUCUAUGGAGGAGUGGAUGUAUUUAGAAGGACACAAAAAUGUCUACAAUGAUGUGUUGAUAAAGAACCACCAUCCUAUCCAUUCACCAGAUUUAGAAUAUUUCAAGUUAAGGUCUCCUUACAGUCUCCUACAUGAAAAUAUGAUCUUUUCCCUGACUGACCCACCAUGGAUAAACAAGAAAAUGACUGAGAGAAUAUUAAGCAUCACUUUGGAAAUCAUCUACCUGUUGGGUGGAGAGAAUUACACAUUAGUUAGGAAGACAUCUAGUGAAUGUGUAACCGUUAGAAACCAUCCCAGUGUGUCAGGAGGAUGGAGCAAGACCCAGAGCCCUAUCACAGAGCCUUCAUCUCACUCACUUGUAUAUGAGGGAAACAAUGAGCAGAAGAUCCUAGAGCUUACCAACCAGAUCACUGAGCUGCUGACUGGAGAGGUUCCUGUAAGGUAUCAGGAUGUCACUGUUUAUCUCUCCAUGGAGGAGUGGGAAUAUUUAGAAGGACACAAGAAUCUCUACAAGGAUGUCAUCAUGGAGAACAACCAGGACCACACAUCACUGGAUGCCCCGGAUAAGAAAAUUCCCCUAGAGAGAAGCCCCAGUCCUCUGUAUUCGGAGCAUUGCACAGAGGAAAAUCACGGUGUCCCAGAGGAUCAGGUAGAAGAUCUUAUUGAUAUUAAAGUUGAAAUUGUAGAAAGUGAAGAAGAAACAUAUAUGAUGUGUGAUCAAGAGUUUGAAGAGGAGGAAAUUCCUACAGAUAUCAGCACUGCAAAUAACACAGAGUGCUCAGCAGGAUUGUCACAAGAUAGCACAAUCGAACAUAAUAUUAACAUAAAUCAAGCUUCUUUAAGAGAAAACUCCAUAACUGUAAUACCACAAAGACCUCUUGGGACACCACAUCCUUUACCUGAUGCCCGUAAUAAUCGGGAAGUGUCUACAGAGAAGUCACAUGCUGUUACACAAAGAACAGGCCCGCAGUUUAUAUGUUCUGAAUGUGGAAAAUGUUUUACACGUUCCAAUCUUUUUAAAUAUGAGUCAGCUCAUACAGGACAGAUACAUUUUUUAUGUAAUACCUGCGACAAAUCCGUAGUACAAAAAGCACGUCUUGGGGAACAGCUUAUUCGAACAGUUGGCAAACCAUUUUCUUGUUCUACAUGCGGAAAGUGUUUUGCUCUAAAGGCCAUUCUUUUUAGACAUCAAAAAAUUCACUCUUCUGAAAGACCGCUUACCUGUGAAGAAUGUGGUAAAUCGUUUCCUUAUAAAUCAAGUCUUCUAGAACAUCAGAGAUUUCACACGGGUCUGAAGCCGUAUUCCUGUGCAGAAUGUGGGAAGUCAUUUACUAGAAAACGUGUUCUUGUUGAACAUCAGCUAAUUCACACAGGGGAAAAGCCAUUCCCAUGUUUGGAGUGUGGUAAAUUUUAUGCACGUAAAAGUCAGCUUGAGAUACAUCAAAGAAGUCACACAGGGGAAAGACCGUUUACAUGCCAGGAAUGUGGAAAAUGUUUUACUCAGAGAUCACAUCUUGUCAAACAUCAAAGAAUUCAUAAAGGAGAGAAGCCAUUUUUAUGUUUGGAAUGUGGAAAAUGGUUUACUAAGAAAUCAAAUCUUGUUGAACAUCAGAAAAUACACACAGGGCAGAAUCUUUUUUCAUGUCCAGAAUGUGCAAAAUGUUUUACUAGAAAAUCCGUUCUUGCUGAUCAUCAGAGAAUUCAUUCAGGAGAGAAGCCGUUUACAUGUGUAGACUGUGGAAAAUGUUUUAACCAGAAGUCCGCUCUUGUUAGGCAUCAGAAAAUACACACAAAGGAGAAGUCCUAUUCAUGUUUGGAAUGUGGGCAGUGUUUUACGUGUAAAAUUCAGCUUAAAAUACAUAAGAGAUUGCACACAGGAGAAAAGGUGUUCACCUGUUUGGAAUGUGAGAGAUGUUUCAUUCAUCAGUCUGAUCUUGUAAGACAUGUGAGAACUCACACAGGAGAGAAGAUGUCUUCUUAUUCAGACCAUGUUAAACCAGAAGAUAAUUUUGAUAUUAUUGAAAGCAGCAACAAAGAGGGGACUUCAUUUUCAUGUUAACAAUGUUAUAGAUGUAUUGCCCAGAAAGCUAAUCUAAGUACCUAUUUCUAGUCCAAAAUUUGGAAAACGGUUUACACUUAAAUCCAAGACACCAAAGGACUCUCUCACAGGUGAGAAAUCAUUUUAUUACAAGGGUGCAUUCACACAAGCGUAUAUUGUUUCGAACUCGUAGCAUGUUUCCAGCUGUUAGUUUAAAAGGCGGGCUCUCUGCCAGCUGUCCUCAGCAGAUUUUCUGCUGCAGAAUUUCUGCUGAUAAAAAUCCACUGCAGACCCUAUUGAUUUAAUGGGGUCUGCAGUGGAUUUUGCACAGCAGUGCAUUUUCUGCAGCGGAGAUUCUACUGCCGGAAAUUUGCCGCGGAGGGCCCCUUUCAAACUGUCUGUGAAUUUCAAACAAAAAACGCCCUUGUGAAUGAGCCCUUAGAGGAGUUUUUUGGCUGGAUAUUUUCUUUUUUUGAAAAAAGCAUUCAGACUGGUUAAAAAUAAAACAUACAAGUCCUGGGUCCACACUUCUUUGUGCCUCUCUUAUCACACAAGAAAUGUCUGCUCAACCAAUCUUUAUUUAAAAUCUAUAUUUAUUUUAUUUUUUAAUUUUUUGUUAACUCAUUCUGACUCUCUGAAAAAAAAAUGAUGCUGCAAAAAAAACUAAACAUUUAAAAACUGUGCUAGUUAAACAUCAGAAAAGUCCAAAGAAUACACAAGCCAGUGCAGUUCUUCAAUUUUCAGCUCUGGGUAUAUUACAGCUCAAAGCAUUUUAUAUUCCACUGUGGGUAUGAGAGAAGGAGAAAGGGCACUCUAUUUUCAUAGCCAUGAAGGUAAGUAAGGUCACAUUGAGCCUUGAGUUUUUUUUCUCCAUUUUUAGGAAUUAGUAGUCUUAAGACAUUCUCUGGUACGAUGAGACCUUAGGACCUGACAGUUUAUGUGAAGUUCAAACUUCAUACUGAACUUUCUUUUAAAGUAAUAUCCAUUGUAUACAGAUUUUCUUUGGCAGUUUAACAUUUCUCGUUCGCUCUUCAUUGGGGGACACCUAACUGAUGGGUAUAUGCUCCAGCCACUAGGAGGCGCUGACACUAGGAAAAAGAAAAGUCGGCUCCUCCCUGGCAGGAUAUACCCGCCCACCUGCAGUGAGGUAAUCAGUUUUAGCUAGUGUCAGUUAGGAGGUAGACACACAGGUCUGGAGCUCUCCAGACCUGGGCUUUUAUUUAUUUUUUGUAGUAAGGGCUGUUUAGUCAGGUUCUUUACUCCUUUUUGUUUCCCUUUUUCAGGUGGGGGUUCAGGAGCAUGGCACCUACCUGUUCCCCCAUAUGCGGCUAAGGGGCACGGGACAUAAAAUACAAAUGCACCAUUAACCCCUUCCCGCCAACGGCCAGCGCCUGGGGUUGCACCGUGGGUCCAGGUCCCCCUAUUUUCCCUGCUCGUCUUGGGCUGUAGCAGCAUGACGUGAUGCAGGUAACUAAAAUGCUGGCUGAAGACGUCUCUAGGUGAGCAUGUGAAGAUAGGUGAGUAUGGGUCAUAGGUGAGUAUGUUCUCUUAGCGGCGGCUCCCACUCCCAGCACAGGAUUUAAGGGGUUAAUAUCCUUAUUGGGGUCGGGUCUCCCUAGUAGCCUCUCAUUUAGUUUUAUGUCUCGGGCAGCCACUGACCUUAGCGGUGGCUCCCUGUACUUAUUUCCCACUGUCACGGCUCUCCUUAUCGGGGCGCGGUGCCGCCCGGCGGGAGCCGUAAUGGCGGCGGAUAACUCCGCCCCUCUUCUUCCCUUCCUCAGAGCGGGAUUCUGAGGGUCAACGGCUGACCCUCUCCCUGCUCUGGCAGCGCUACCUUAGGAGCGCUCGACAGGGAGGGAUAGGUGUAUCUUCUACGGAGCUUAGCUCCGCCCCUCUCCACCCCGCAGCUGUGUGAGGGGUCUGAUGGAGUGUUCCGUGGUCUAUUUUGGUCCCAUACCAGUAAGCCGGACAGUGUUCUGCAUGGUUGCUUGCACCGCCUGUCGUACAUCAAACGGCGGAUAUAUCUGCGGCUGGAGUUCUGUUGCCCCACUGCGGUGCGAGAUACCGAGGGAAUGACUCUACGAUGGACCCAUACCAGUAAGCCGGACAGUUUUCUGCAUGGUUCCGAUACCCCACUGCUGGUGCGGUAUAUGGAGAUCUGACCCGAUGUGUCUUCAGCACCCAUACCAGUAAGCCAGACAUUUGUCUGCAUGGUUUCCUCUGCCAUUUGACACUCUUGUCUUGGCUGAGGUGUCUGUGGAGGUAGUUCCGAUACCCCACUGCCUUGUGCGGUAUAUGGAGGACUGCUCCGAUGUGUCUUAAGGACCCUAAGGCUCGUUACGAAGUCUUCUAUGGACCCCUUCCAGUAACCCAGACAGUAGUCUGCAUGGUUUCCUACAUCUCCGGUCACACAAUUCUCGGCUGCUGCAUCUGCGACUAGAGUUCCGUUUCCUCACUACUGUUGGUGUGUAUGGUUGUCUUCCGUGGAUCCGCACCAGUAGGCCAGACAGUGGUCUGCAUAGUUGACUACACCGCCUGUCAUAAAUCACACGGCUGAUGUGUCUGUGGCUGGUGUUCCAGUCCCACUCUACUGAGUGAGGUACCGAUGGGAUGAAUAGUUGUCGUCGGUGUGUCCCUGCCUGUAAGCCUGUCCGUGGUCUGCUGGUUGCUUACGCCGCCUGUCAUACCUCAGAUGGUUGGUGUAUCUGCAUCUGGGGUUCUGGUCCCUCACUGCCCAGUGAAGAGACGGUGGUAUGCUUGGUUGUCUUCUAGGGGUGUGAAUCGCCCAGAAUUUGGCGAUACGAUUCGAAUCGCGAUACCAGUGUGGAGAUUCGAUAUAUCCCGAUAUAUCGCGAUACCGUCUAGGUGACGAUACAUCGCCCACCUGGGAGCAUUC